CAGAUCAAGAUCUGGUUCCAGAACCGCCGCUCCAAGUACAAGAAGCUGAUGAAGGCGGCGCAGAGCGGCAGCGGGCCCAGCACCCCCAUGGGCGCCCCCAUCACCCCCGGGUCUCCCCUGGGGGGGUCCCCGCUGGAGGGGGCGUCCCCCCUGGGCCAGCCCCUCCCGUCGUCCACGCCCCAGAGCAUCUCCCCGGCCCCGCCCACCGCGCAGAGCCCGCCCUCGACGCACCCGUACACCAGCAUGGCCCCCGUCUCGGCCGCCGCCCACGCCACCUCCUCGUCGUCCCAGGGGCCCUCCCCCUCGGGCGGCCCCGCGCCGUCCCAGCAUCACAGCCGUGCACGAGCCUCCGAACGCGACGGGGGUCUAAUUGCAAGACAAAGUGUUCGAGUGCGACGUCGUGAUCAAAAUCUAAAGAAUUUAGAUAUUGAAACUAGGAGCACAUUUUGCAUCUGA